AGAAGACCGCAGCCAUUUUGGGAGGUUAGACGUAUAAAGACUUCUCGUUUUCUUGUUUACAUCUCAUUUCUUGUUCUUUUAAUUGAACAGUUAACAGUGGAUUUGGACUUAGAAAUGGCAAGUGAAGUAGAAAACCUGAAACAUUCAAAUGGAAACUUUCUCAAAGGAAAUUUAUUUACUGAAAUUAACCGGCAGCUUGGUCUUCUUCCUGGAUUUGCGGGACUUGGUCAAGAUAUGGCGAGGUUAGAUCAAGAAACACAAACUCCUGGUAGCACAACGCCUAUGGAUAAAGUUCGACAGAUGGCAGAAGUUAUUGCCUCAGAUGUGAUUGCUACAUUCGAGGAAAAUAGUGAUAGAGCUCCUCAAAAUAGAUACUGUAAAACCAUGAGAAGAACUGUGAAAGAAAUGUCUGAUCGUCAUAAUAUCGCUUUCAAAUCUAUGGUGCAAAAACUAAAUGUGAAUGACACUAAUGCCUUCCCGACAUUUGUAUCAGUUGCUGAUGAAAUUUUUGAAGAUGGGACAAUUAACUGGGGUAGAAUUGUUGCGGUGUAUACUUUCGCAGCUAGGUUAGCAGUCCAUUGUAAGAAAUAUAGUCCGGACUCUGAAGAAAGAAUUGCCCUAUAUGCUGGAAAAUAUGUUGCGAGUAAAUUGGGGAAAUGGAUCUUGGAUAAUGGGGGAUGGGACGCCUUUGCUGAUUAUUUCCCAGAGCAAGGUGCAACGGAAGACAAGUUGUGGAAAGGACUCAUGUUCACGGCUGUCGGCCUUGUGACGUUAGGAACAAUGGUCGCAAAUCGUUGAACAAUCAACAACUGGAGUGAAAAUCCAAACAUCUAGUCAGCUGAUCAACUCCACCCAUCCUUCCCCAGGAUGCAGUUGUCUUCGAGACAAUGAGAAAUUCGUGUUCAGUUGGGGACACUUUUAUUUUUAUACUUUUUGUCAAGCAAUUAUCAUUUGUACAUAAUUGUUAUCCAUUUUGGAUUCUUGUCUCCAACAAUUAGGACAAUUUUAAAGAUUUUGUUUAACUUUAAAUGUGUACUUUUGAUGAAUAGAGGAACAAAGGACAUGUUUUCUCAUUUAUUGUAAGCUGAUAUUAUGAUCGAAAAUUCUGUCAUACCUACUAAACCAUUCCUCUUGAAAAAGUGUAAAUUAUUAGCAGUGACAUUUAUAGAACUUUUUAAAUUGUUGAGAAGGCUGGGUAAUUAAAUAUUUGUACAGCAUAUGUCAACAGAACUUGCCAUUUUAUAUGGUGUGAUUGACAGAAUUUUCCAAAAAAAAAAAAUGUUGAAGUUUAGAAUUUCACUUGAACAUUUGUAAGCAAAUCCAUGGGUUUUUUUCCUAAUAUUUAUAUACAUACAAAAAAGGAAGAUUUUGUCAGUAUAUCAUAUUUAUUGGUAUUGUAGCAAUCAAAUAUAGUGCUAUUCUUCCAGUAAGCAUGUUUAUUUAAGACAUGUAUAUGAACUAGUAUUAUUUAAAGAUGCAGCAUCCUAAAAUAAGGGCAGAUUCCAGUACCUCAUAAAUUUAAUUCACAUUGCUUGCGAGAUUGUAAUUAGUAAAUUGUUAUUUUGAUGUGUAAACCAGCAAAGUUGAUUGAUCUCAAGAAUGAACACGCAGUAAAUUUUUUUUUUUUUUUUUUUUUGAACUAAAAGUGAGUUACGCUUUCAGAACUUGUCAAGUUUUAAGGGUUUUUCUAGUGUUGUAAAAAUGUGUACACAUCUUUUCAUCAGAAAAGAAUCAAGAGUUAAAUAUGAAUGAAGUAUGAACUUUAAAUUUAAAUCUGAAUUUGGAGUAUCUGAAAAAAUCUCUAUUUUUAUUUUUUUGUUUGAUGCUGUAAAUGGUUGAUAGGCAUCUUUUUUGUGCAAUAGAUAAUGUAAAUCCAAAUAAAAUUAUUAAAAUUUGAA